UUCAGAGUCCAGAAAGAGGCUGUCUGGAUGGUGGCCAACUUCACAAUGGGGGCCACCGUGAACCAGUUGUUCCAGCUCCUCCACUCGGGGGUCCUGGAGCCCCUGAUGAGGCUCCUCACUGCCCCAGAUGUUAAAAUUGUCCUCAUCAUCCUCGAUGUCAUCUCCUACUUCCUCCAGGAGGCAGAGAAGCUGUACGAGAAGGACAACCUGUGUCUCCUGAUAGAAGAACUCGGCGGGAUAGACCAAAUCGAGGCCUUGCAGCUGCACGAGAACCGGCAGAUCGCCCAAACCGCUCUGAGCAUCAUCGAGAAGCACUUCACGGAGGCAUCACGUGAGAGCAGGUGUGGAAGUUUCCACUUGUGGCACUGUGUUAGCUGUGCCCAGGGCAUUGACUUGGGAUGCCUGCACCCCGUAUUGGAACGCCAGUUCGAGCCCCAGCACUCCACUUCUGAUAGAGCUCCCUCCUAAUGUGCCAAGGAAGCAACAGAUGAUGACUCAAGGGCUUCAAUUCCUGCCACCCAUGUGGGAGACUCGUAGGAAGCUCCUGGCUCCUGGCUUUGGCUUGGCCCAGCCUGGGCUGUUGCAGGUAUUUGGGGAGUGACUCAGUAGACAGAAGACUAAUUUCUGGCCGGCGCCGCGGCUCACUAGGCUAAUCCUCCGCCUAGCGGCGCCGGCACACCGGGUUCUAGUCCUGGUCGGGGCGCCGGAUUCUGUCCCGGUUGCCCCUCUUCCAGGCCAGCCCUCUGCUGUGGCCAGGGAGUGCAGUGGAGGAUGGCCCAGGUGCUUGGGCCCUGCACCCCAUGGGAGACCAGGAAAAGCACCUGGCUCCUGGCUCCUGCCAUCGGAUCAGCGCGGUGCGCCGGCCGCAGCGCGCCGACCGCGGCGGCCAUUGGAGGGUGAACCAACGGCAAAGGAAGACCUUUCUCUCUGUCUCUCUCUCUCACUGUCCACUCUGCCUGUCAAAAAAAAAAAAAAAAAAAA